AUGGCGUUUGGGAAGGAAUGGGGGCGCAAUAUGGAGGCACUCAGAGCUUGUGUGGAGAUUUCUCUUCAUCCGUAUGAGGCAAUCCGUCUGGUUUUUGUGGGACGUCAGGGGUAUUUCUAUGGAAAUGCGCAGUAUGUUGGUUCUUUCUUGCUUUGGUCUGGGGAAAUUGGCAAAUGGCAAUGCUAACAAAGCUGGUGGAAUUAUUUAAUAGUGGAAGACAAUUUCAAAUUGACACUGGACAGAACACUGAGAGUUUAACAAAAACUUUUUUUCUCGGCAGGUGAGGGCAUCUUUAUUUCGUUUUGUGCUAAUUUGAUUAUUUGCCAGCUUGUGACAGAUUGUCCUUGACAAACCGCAGGAGCGAUUCGCCAACACCUCCAACCCUUUCUCAGCUAUGUUCAUUAUAUAG